UCCUUAGGAACCCUUUCGCUUUCCUCAUUCCUUCCAGUCCCCCAGUACUCUGCUGCUAUGUGAUCGAGGGGGCGACGAUGUCGUUUAGGAGUAUCAUCCAGGAUAUAAAGGGCGAAUUUGGGAGUAUUUCAAGGAAAGGGUUUGAGGUGAAGUUUGGGUAUGGGAUGAGAUCGCGGUCACAGUCAUACCGCGAUGCUGGGGAUCAUGUGAUGGUUGCUGAUGGUUUGAGGCAGAGUUGUUGGGCUAAUAUGCCUCCAGAGCUUCUGAGGGACGUGUUAAUGAGGAUCGAGGCCUCUGAAGAUACAUGGCCAGCCCGAAAACAUGUGGUUGCCUGUGCUAGUGUCUGCCGCAGUUGGAGAGAAAUCAUGAAAGAAAUUGUGAAAUCUCCUGAAUUAUCUGGCAAGCUGACACUCCCAAUCUCCUUGAAGCAGCCUGGUCCAAGGAACUCUCUUCUACAGUGCUAUAUUAAACGGAAUCGCAGUAAUCAAACAUAUUAUUUGUACCUCGGUUUAAACCAAGGAGAAGAGGGAAUCGAUGAUGGCAAGUUCCUUCUUGCUGCACGCAAGUGUCGACGUCCUACCCAUACAGACUAUAUCAUUUCUAUAAACUGCGAUGAUGUAUCAAGAGGCAGUAGCACUUACAUUGGAAAGUUGAGGUCAAACUUUCUGGGUACCAAAUUCACAGUGUAUGACGCUCACCCUCCAAUUUGUGGUGCCAGAGUGACUAAAUCUCGUUCAAGUAGACCAGUUAGUCUCAAGGAAGUGUCUCCAAGAGUCCCUGCUGGCAACUAUCCCAUUGCGCAUGUCUCAUAUGAUCUGAAUGUUCUGGGCUCCAGAUGGGGAAAUGUUUACAGGGGCCCAAGGAUAAUGCAUUGUGUUAUGGAUGCCAUUUCAGCUUCAGCUGUUGAGCCAGGAGGCGUGGCCCCUACUCAAACUCAAUUCCUGCAUCGCAGAAUUGAUACUUCUCCAUCUAUUCCUUUCUUUAGGUCAAAAUCAACUCGGUUGGAAAACUUCCAAUCAGUACCUUUGUCUUCCCAAAACAAGGGAAUGCUGGUAUUACAAAAUAAGUCUCCUAGGUGGCAUGAGCAACUCCAAUGUUGGUGUCUGAACUUCAAUGGGCGAGUGACUGUGGCUUCUGUCAAAAAUUUCCAGCUGGUUGCUUCUCCAAAGAGUGGGGUUUCUGAACAGGCUCAAGAAAAUGUUAUCAUUCAGUUUGGAAAAGUGGGGAAAGAUUUGUUUACGAUGGAUUAUCAGUAUCCCAUCUCCGCUUUUGAAGCAUUUGCGAUAUGUCUUAGCAGCUUUGACACCAAGAUUGCUUGUGAAUGACUGUCACGCAGAUGUGAACCAGCAAAGUGACGCUGGCAGCAGGGUCUCGACUUUUCUCUUUGGUCGAAAUUUGAGUAUGAAGGUCUACCCCUCCGCCUUUGUAUGUGAGUGGAAGAUGUUUUUGAGUGGUGUACUUGUCCAAGAUUCUAGGUUGUGUUUCCUUGUUCAAGUUUGUGGACAACCUCAGUUACGAUUGGUUUGCGAUAUUUCGAGUUGCUUUCUUUUAAUUCUCUUUAUUUUUGAUGGUUACAUUCUUCGCUGCUAGCCUUCAGAGAGAUCCUAAACUUUCCCAGUUUGGUCUUGGGCGAAAGUGUGAAUGGACAUUUCUCCAUGAAGAGGGGAGGGGGAGUAGUUGUUGUGACUUAUCGGUAAGAAAGAGAGUGGUGAUAACAAUAUCCUGAACUACUUAACUGAAGAUGUAAUAUUGUGUAUUUGGCAUUAUGUAUCGUUGGGAUUCUGGUGCUA